GCAGUAUGGUUUCUCGAAAGGUUGUCAGCGCUGUGGCGCUCUUUUCCACGUUGGCAUUGGCUCAGAACAACAACAACAACAACAACAAUGGCGGAGACGCUACACAGCUUGCACAGAACGCAAUCCAGUCCGGCUCCUUCUUUGAUGGAAGUGAUGCGAUAGGUGCAAAUGACGCUCAGGCCCAGUCCGAUACCUCACAGAACAACUUCAUCAACUUCUGUGCUGGUCAGACACUCACCAACGGUCUACAACUUGUCGAUGGAUCCUGCAACGGCAUUCCCAUGGGUCAAAUCCCAUCCAAGCAGAAUAUGGUAGCUAGCGUCAUCAUCAACCCAAAGAUGGGCGAUACCAUCCCUGAGGGACAGGAUUUCCAAAUCCAGGUUCAGACAAUCAACCUCCAGGCCGGCUCCUUCACCAACGCUGUGGCGACGUACUACACGGCUCCGCAAAAGCUCAACGGCCAGGGGCAGAUCAUCGGCCACACUCACAUCACGGUGCAGGAUCUGGGCAACAGUCUCAACCCUACUCAGCCUCCCAACCCGACCCAGUUCGCCUUCUUCAAGGGUAUUGACGAUGCUGGCAACGGCCAAGGUCUCCUGGCGGCGACGGUAGAGGGGGGUCUUCCGGCCGGUAACUAUCGCGUCUGUACCCUGACCUCAGGCUCCAACCAUCAGCCCGUGAUCAUGCCUGUCGCUCAGCGUGGGUCCCAGGAUGACUGCCAGAAGUUUACAGUUUCGGCGAACGGACAGAACAACAACAAUGGUCAGAACAACAACAAUGGACAAAACAACGGCAAUAAUGGCCAGAACAACAAUGGCCAGAACAACAAUGGUCAGAACAACAAUGGUCAGAACAACAACGGUCAGAACAACGGUCAGAACAAUAAUGGUCAAAACAACGGCGGCAAUUUCGGCGGCAACUUUGGCAAGAACAACUUCCGCAACCGCCGGCAGCGUAGCCGACGAGAGGAUGUUUCUGACAACAUCCCCCGGGCUUUCCGGAGCUUCAUGGCGUGA